CCACCCCGCGAUAGGUCAUAGGUCUGUGCGAACUGGGAAACCCAGCCCCGGGAAGCUCCCCUCGUCACUGUCGUGCCGCCUCGUGCCGCCGCCGUCAACGGCCGAGUGAGGGAGAGACGUAAAUACUCCCAUUUCCCACCCUCCUUUCUCUGCCAGCGUGCCUUGCUUGUACUUGCGACAUCGUGGUGUACUGUACGGAUCCAAUUGAUCAAGUUUUUCCCCUCUAGUUUGUUUUCUUGACACAGGAUCAUUCCCUGCAGGUCGUCAUCCAGCCCAUAUCUCAGUGUUUCGGCGAGAUACCGCUCUCGCCCCCCUCCCCUCCACACCUUCACACCCCGACUAGCAGCAGAGACUCUCGACGGACAAAAAGUAUAAGAUAGCCCGCCAUGUCCGCCCUCCGGACGCUGUCACGGCGCACUGCGUCAAGCUCUGCCCGGCUCAUCUCCUCGCGCCUCGCCCCAGUGUCUCCUCUGUCCAGCAGGUCAUUCUCAGUCUCCGCCAGCAACAUGGGCCGCUUCGAUGGUCUCGAGCCCAGCGCUCCCUCGGUCAAGACGGCCAUCCCUGGUCCAAAGGCCAAGGAGCAGACCGCCGACCUGGACAAGGUCUUCGACACCAGGAGCUUGAACAUGCUCACAGACUACAAGUCCAGCAUUGGCAACUACAUUGCCGACCCGGAUGGGAACAUCCUGCUUGAUGUUUAUGCUCAGAUCGCAUCCAUCCCCGUGGGAUACAACAACCCUCACCUGAUCGAGACCAUGAAGAGCGACGCCGUGGUCAGCUCCCUGGUCAACCGGCCCGCCCUGGGCAACUUCCCCCCCAACGACUGGGCCGAGAUCCUGCGGUCCGGUAUCCUCAAGGUCGCCCCCAAGGGCCUGGACCAGGUGUUCACGGCCAUGGCUGGGUCGGACGCCAACGAGACGGCUUACAAGGCGGCCUUCAUGUGGAAGAGGCAGCAGCAGCGCGGCGGCGCCCACGUCGAGUUCACCGAGGAGGAGCUCAACUCGUCCAUGAACAACCAGUCGCCCGGCGCCUCCGAGCUGUCCAUCAUGUCCUUCAAGACCGCCUUCCACGGCCGCCUGUUCGGCUCGCUGUCCACCACCCGCUCCAAGCCCAUCCACAAGCUCGACAUCCCCGCCUUCGACUGGCCCCAGGCCACCUUCCCCAUCCUCAAGUACCCGCUCGAGGAGCACGUCGAGGAGAACCGCAAGGCCGAGCAGGACGCGCUGGCCGAGGUCGAGCACCUCAUCACCACCUGGCACCUGCCGCCCUGCGCCGUCAUCGUCGAGCCCAUCCAGUCCGAGGGCGGCGACAACCACGCCUCGCCGGCCUUCUUCCAGGGCCUGCGCGACGUGACCAAGAAGCACGGCGUGCUCCUGAUCGUGGACGAGGUGCAGACGGGCGUCGGCGCGACGGGCAAGUUCUGGGCGUACGAGCACUGGAACCUGACGUCGCCCCCGGACAUGGUGACCUUCUCCAAGAAGGCGCAGACGGCGGGCUACUACUUUGGCAACCCGGAGCUGCGGCCCAACAAGCCGUACCGCCAGUUCAACACGUGGAUGGGCGACCCCGUGCGGGCGAUCCUGUUCCGGGCCAUCAUCGAGGAGGUGGAGAAGCACGGGCUGGUGGAGCAGACGGCGCGCGUCGGCGACUACCUCUACGGCAAGAUCCAGCAGCUGGGCGACAAGUACCCGGGCCAGUUCGCCAACCUGCGCGGCAAGGGCCAGGGCACCUUCAUCGCCUUUGACAACCCCAAGCGCGACGAGUUCCUCAAGGUGGCCAAGACGCUCGGCAUCAACAUCGGCGGGUCCGGGGCCAGCGCCGUGCGGCUCAGGCCGAUGCUGACGUUUGAGGAGAAGCACGCCGACAUCCUGGUCGAGGCCCUGGAGAAGAUCGUUACGUCACUGCAGUAGAUGCCAACGGGGGUCAUCCAAAACAAAGGGGUUUGUUAAUAUCCGAUUUUUUUGUUAUUACCAUGGCCGAGAAUGACGGCAACGGUGACGGUUGACGCAGGAACGGGUGGAUUUAAGGUUUAUGAGUUGUUCAGCAGCAGGCAUGACCCGGGUUCGGCGAGACGAUCGAUGUCUGUUCCCUUUCUUUUUUGCUUUCUAUCAUGUUUCCCUAAACUGGAGUUCAGUGCGGGUGCAAGACCAUCAUCAAGGGGGUUCGCCAAGGGGGGGAAGUGGGUGUUGACAGCAUAUCGCCUGCAUUUUUUGGUUUUUGUGUUGUUGUCUUUGUUUGGUCUGUAGGGAUACUACUACUCAUCCUAGCUGCGGGUUAUCCCUGCGUCGGGCAAUUAUUUUACCAAGAGUAUCACGGCCGAGCAUCUAUCUAUCUAGGACCGAAUACCGAUGGGCUGGAAUCCGGCGAUCUCGCGCGCGGGCACCAUGUUUCACGCUGCCGUCAGCUGUGCGUAGCGCAAGUAUCGGGGGUGUGGUGAUGCGUAUGCCCAGUGAAGUGUACAUGUGUGUAUGACCUCUUCGGGCCUUGGAAAGCAAAUAUGUCUCCCGCGGCGCGUAGGGCCAAGGGCGGCGCAGGCAGGCAGGCAUGAUCAUGACGGCGAGGUAAAUAACCUGGGCCCCCGAGAGCCAAUGGUUCUAUCUAUUUUCCCCAGACCGCGGAGAAUAAAAAAAUAAGAAACCUGUGACACAGGCACCUCGGCGGGACCUGCUGCGUGACCCAACCCAGAGU